AGGAGGAGGGAGGAGGCUGGUGACACAGAUGUCUGAGCUACACAACACAGACUGUGGCCUGGCGCUCCUGCACGUGCUGCUCCUACUCCCUCUCUUCCACCACUCUACACACUUGGUGUUCUACACCAGCAAGUAGGAAGGUGUCAGUGUGUGUGGCUACAAGUUGGUGGCUGUGGGAUGAUGCAGAUGUCCUUGGGAAGUUUUGUGUCGUUUUCACUGUGGUGCAGUUAAAAGUUAAAAAAAUAUAUUGGAUGAACAGAAAUUUGUGAUAACGCUUCUGUAUAUUGUAGUAUAUAUUUAUGUAUAUACUGUAUACAGGUACUGUAUGUGAUUUGAAGAUUAGUUAACUGUUUAGAAAAGUAAAAAAAAAAAAGUUAUGGAACUGAUGUGGAGAAUAAUAUGGUGGUUAUAUGCCUUUGUCUUUAUGGUGCUUCUCUUAUCAGCAACAGUUCACCAUCACCUUGGUCUACGCAAAUAUUACAUAAAAUUUCUUUUAAGGCUGUUUGCUUUUGGGCAAGAGCGUGUGGAAAGGAGGCGCCCUAACAAUGAAACGGAAGAGUCAGAAACACCUAUGAACGAGUUGGAUAGACCACUACUAUCUCUUAAUCAUCCAAAGGCACUAGGAAUUAAAGAAAACAUCAAAGGAUUUCACCUUGAUAAUGUACUUGAAUACAUAAGUGCAGGAAUGGGAGCCAUCAUGGAAGAUGACCUUACAAAAUCUUUUCUACCAGAAGAGCUUUCUUCUUGGAAUCUUCUCUCACGCACAAAUAACCGUUCAUAUGAAUUUGUAUCAUUCCGUCUUACUGUCUGUUGGGUAGUUGGCUUUCUUGUUCGCUAUCUCCUGUUGUUGCCCAUACGUAUUGUCAUUCUCGUCUUUGGCAUACUGUUAUUUUGGACAUGUAUGAUAGCUGUUGGACUGCUGCCUGCUGGUAGCUGGAAAUCUUGGCUUAAUGAGAAACUCCUUGUGUUUUGCUUUGAUUUCAUAGCAGGAUCACUGUCUCUAGUGGCAACCUUCCACAAUGAAGAGAAUGCUCCCAAGAAUGGCAUAGCUGUUGCCAAUCAUACUUCACCUAUAGACUCCAUGGUGCUGGCUACUAACAACUGCUAUGAUAUGGUUGGCCAGAAGCAAGGUGGAUUUCUGAAUAUAUUCAUGUCAGCAUUGAGCAAAGCGUCCACUCAUAUCUGGUUUGAACGUUCAGAUGCCAAGGAUAGAUCACUUGUUGUGAGAAGACUAAAGGAACAUGCUUGCAAUGACCAGCUUCCACCAAUCCUCAUCUACCCUGAAGGUGUGUGUGUCAACAACACAUCAGUUGUGCAGUUCAAGAAGGGAGCAUUCGAGAUCGACUGUGUCAUUCACCCUAUAGCCAUUCGUUUUGAUGCACGUUUUGGUGACCCUUUUUGGUGGCAAGACAAGUUUUUUCAUUAUGUUGUGUAUAUGAUGACAUCCUGGGCCAUUGUCUGCAAUGUCUGGUAUCUACCACCAAUGAAGAGAAAUCCUGAUGAAUCUGCCAUUGCCUUUGCUGACAGAGUCAAAGCAAAGAUUGCCCAUCAAGGAGGUAUGAUUGACUUAUCAUGGGAUGGAUUUUUAAAGUGCAACCCAGUGAAAUCUGAAUGGAAAAAGCGUCAGCAAGAGGAAUUUGCAAAGCACUUGAAAGUAGAAGAAAUAAAUAGUAACGAAUCAACAAAAGAGAAAGAGGAAUAAAAGACAAAAACCAUUGUUAUGGUAAAUUAUGUGUAUCAAUGUUAACAAGUGUUUGUAAUAAAGAAGAAAAGCUGCUCAGGCACAAUUUAAAACACAAAGACACAGGCUUCAUUGCCCAUUAAAAUUGUAACUGGAUCAUGAAAUGUGUCCUCUUCAACAAUGCUACAAAUCAGUGCCUCACUGAGUUUAUAAUAUAACCAAUAUUUACUAUUGCUAACUAUAUGGCCUAUAGUUAGUGCCAUGAUACUUGUAUUGAACUGGUGUGAGGUGUGGUGUUACAGGCAACUUUGUGUGUGUAUGUGUGUGUGUGUGUGUGUGUUGGGGUGAGGAUAAGUUCCUGGCCAUACUGAGAUAAUAUGAAGCAAUUAUAAGCAUGUAUUUCACAGCUUUAAAUAAUUCCCAUAGUUUAUGACUAGCUUUUCACAUCUGGUGUGGUAUGUAAACAAUGCCUCAUUGCUUACUAUACAAUGGUUACAUACAACAUAUUGCAUGUUCUACUGUGGGGUAUAUGAUAAUAUCUUAAACUGGACAAACAGCAUAUGACACGGUCAUGUCUGGUACUGUAUGAUAGCCCCUUACCCAAAGUGAUGAAUAGCUCAGAAUAUAGGCGAUGAGAACUCACAGUAAAUGUGGCAAACUUCCCACAUGAUGGACUCCUUGCGCUUAUGUUAAAAUCAAUUCUUUUUCAUUACAGUUAGAAGUGUCAACCUCCAGAAAUUAUAUAUAUAUUUUUUUUAGUUGUCUCACCAUAUUUUCUUAAUUUUAUAAUAAUCAAUGCAUGUAGUAUAACUAUAAAACACUGAUAGCUACCAAUUUUUGGGUUAAAAUAAAAAAAAAAAUUAAAUUCCACUGGGCUCUGACAUAACCAAACAUUGCAGGGUUAAUGGUAGUACAUGUAAUUUAAAGUUCUUUAAAACAAAACAAAUCAUUGAUGACAAAUAUUUUGGUAAAUUCUUUUUACCCUAUUUCACCCACUUGCACUUGUGUGACCAAUUCAAACAUGUACAGUGUAUUUUAAAGAAAUGUGCAUUUAUAUUUGCUCAUGAGAAAUAUAAAUAUAUUUGCCAUUAAUGGCUUGUUUUAUGUUUUAAUUAAUGAACUUUAAACUAUCAUCAUUAAAAUUAUUUCAACAAAUUAGUUCUACAAGUUUUGAUUGUGUCAGUGACUAUUGGCAUUUAAAUUUUAAAAAUUUUAACUCAUAAUUCCUACCCACCAGUGUUGUAUACAUUUUGAAUGAAUGUAAAUAAAUGAACUUUAUAAUAUACAUAGACAGUUUAACAGCAAAUCAUCUAGGCAAGACUGGGAAGUGCCACAUGCUGGGUAAUGUGUCCCAUGCACUCAAAGUAAUAACUGAAUUGUACUACUGUACAAUAUCAAAAUUAUUUUCGAUCAACAUCCCAGCAACUGUCUGGAAUGGUUUGUGGAUCAUUUGUAUAUCAUUGUUUCUAUACAGUAAAUAGGCUUUGUUUAUUACAUGCACAUAUAGUACUAAAACUACAAAUAUAACUUUGUAUUUUAGAUAAUCAACUAUCAUAUGCCCAAUACUUGCUCAAUGCAGAAAGUCACACUUUCCUAAGUGUGUGUAAAUUAAGUUGAGUUAAUUGUUCAAGGGUUACAGGAUGUUAUAGGAGUUACCCUAUUACUAAUCCCCUAACCAAUGUGAUCCAACAUACAACAUAAUCUAAUCCAGAAAGUCUAGGACAAUGUGGUAGCUGGCAGGAGUAUACUGUACAGUAUUAGGAAAGGGGCAACUCGCCGUAAUAGUGCUUUGCCUGGAAAUAGGUUGUAUGUUUAAAUUUUACAUGUUACUAUUUUAGUGAUUGCUAAAGCAUUCAAUAUCAAGGAAUACAAGAGUUGUUAGAAUUAUGAACCCUGAUCUAAACUUGUUGAUAGAGAUAUGCAUAUAGGCUUAAAAAUGCUGUAUGUAAUUCAAGUUUAUGUAUCUUUGGAAAAAGUAAAGUAAACUGCCCAAUCUCUGAUAUGGUGCACUUCAAUGUUGUGCAGAACAGAAACACCAUCAGUUGCUCUGUUUCUAGCAUUUAUCUCCCAGUUAGCUACAUUAUUUUGGACAGCUUCUAUCACAUUAGGUUAUUUGGUUCCCCAUUGUAUGGUAUAGGAAGCCAGUUGGACAUAUCUAGAUCUUCCUCCUCCAGGAUGCUACUCACAACAGAUGCCUAACUCCAGGCACCUAUUUACUGCUGUAUAUGGCACAUUUAAAAUGUAUAGUUAUUAAUCACAAUUGCUUAGGAAGCUGCUCCAUUUUUCUUGAAAAGUUGCUGUGCUUUUUGCAGCAAGUUGUAGUGCUUUCCAGUUUCUUGCUUGGAUAAUUUACUGUUUAAACUCUUGAAGUGAAAGAUCAUUAAUGUAACAAAAAAGUAAUGAUGACUAUAAUUAGAUAAAAUUUUAGAUAAUUACUGACGUAAUCAAAAGUUGCACACAGCCUUGCAUGAUUAAAUAAAUUGUCAAAGUUUGAGCAGUUAGAAAAGUUUAUUAACAUGAUUGUUAGCACACCUGACUAACUCAAACAUGUAGAUUUGCUUAUGAAACAUUUUUCAAUGUACUAUAGUUUAAACUAUAUUUAUAUUUAGGAAACUCUGUAAAUGUUUUUGAUACUUUGCACAUUUCUGGAGGUUGACUCGCACAGAGAAACACGUAUGGCCAUUUUGUGCCAAGUUAUUUCACCAAAGGUUACACACUCAUUAUACAAUACUGUAUAUAUUAUAAUUUAUUCACCAUUUUAUUUUUAAAUCCCUGAUAUAUUUUGUUUUUUUAAUUAAUGCCUUGCUGUAAAGGGGUAUUUGGGUGUUUAAGAUACAGUAUAUUAAUUAUGUACAAGGCAUGAUACUCAUACCUCAUGAAAUUUAUGCUUGUGAAAUAGUUUUUAAUGGAGCUUUAAGAAUUGUAGUGAUUAAGUUAAAUGAGGAAUUGCUUAUUUUGUAUUAAGAAAUACAUUAAAAGGCAGCUUUUCA